AUGGCUAGUUCUUAUAUUGUGAAUGGUGAGUGGCACUGGCCUAGGGCCAGAAACAGGACAAUUCAGCAGAUUCAAACCUCAACCCCUACUUUAACUUUGGGGGAUGGAGAUGAUCUGAUUACUUGGUCCAUCUCUUCUACUGGUCUUUACUCUACCAAACAUACAUGGGAAGCUAUAAGGAACAAAAGCCCAAAGGUACGAUGGUCUUCCUUUGUCUGGUAUUCCCAAAAUGUUUCAAAAUGGGCUUUUAUUCUUUGGGUUGCUUGCCUUAAGAGGCUUGCUACUAGAGACAGGCUCAAGAGGUGGGGUAUGCAAAUUGAUUCCCUAUGCAUUCUCUGCUCUCAGACUGAGGAAUCUGCAGCUCAUCUUUUCUCUGACUGCCAUUUUUCUAGGCAAAUUUGGGAGUCUAUUCUUAACAAGGUUUAG